AUGUGCUACGACCGCUACGUGUCCAUCUGCAAACCCCUGCACUACGGGACCCUCCUGGGCAGCAGAGCUUGUGCCCACAUGGCAGCAGCUGCCUGGGUCAGUGGCUUUUUCACUGCUCUUCUGCUCACAGCUAAUACAUUUUCCCUGCCCCUGUGCCAUGGCAAUGCCCUGCGCCAGUUCUUCUGUGAAAUCCCACAGAUCCUCAAGCUCUCCUGCUCCAAAUCCUUCCUCAGGGAAUAUGGGCUCAUUGUUAUUAGUGCCUGCUUAUCAUUUGGCAGUUUUGUGUUCAUUGUUUUCUCCUAUGUGCAGAUCUUCAGGGCUGUGCUGAGGAUCCCCUCUGAGCAGGGACGGCACAAAGCCUUUUCCACCUGCCUCCCUCACCUCGCCAUGGUCACCGUGUUCAUCAGCACUGGUACUUCUUUGUACUUGAAGUCUCCCUCCAUGUCCUCCCCAUCCCUGGAUCUGGCCCUGUCAGUUCUGUACUCGGUGGUGCCUCCAGCCCUGAACCCGCUCAUCUACAGCCUGAGGAACCGGGAGCUCAAGGCUGCAGUGUGGAGACUGAUGACUGGUUGGUAUCAGAAACAUUAA